UUUAGACAAUUUCGGCCAAGCUUUUAGUAACAAGUUCUCCACGCAAAUCUUGUUUGUUGAACCACCUGAGAAACGUGUGAGGAUAACUUAACGUCUGACAAUUUCCGUAUGUCAUCAUAACAUUUGGUAAGUCACUAUCAUCUCAUUAAAAUUUUCAAAAUACUAAAAUUCACAGUAAUAAUAUCUACAAUGGGGGAGAAACUGGACGAGAAUUUCUUUUACAACACCAUGUUAACUAAAGCCCUGAUACAACUACUUCCGCCCUUCGAACGAAGGGCAACCCUAAUGUGGUUUGAAAAGCUGUUGACUAUGGAUAAAUCUAAAGAGGAAAAAGAAAUGAGAAAUGAGUAUUUGUGGUUCAUUUUGCUCAUGCUCCAAUGCCAAAAGAUCAGAGAGCCGUUCAAUAGGCCCCCACCAGACGAAAUGGAGCCACUUAGGGAUAUUGUGAUUGGCACGAAACACAAAAUUACGGACGUGGUAUGUUCUUUUGGGGGCAAGUUUUGAGAUGAACUGGAGCAGCGUGUUACAUACACAAAAUUGCACCACUUUUGACAAGAAAACGGUAUACAUAACAGCAUUCUCCCGUGUUCUAUCUAGCCAGCAAAGGUAUACGAAGAGAUACUGAUUGCAAACGACGAAAAUAUGGAAUGGUUAGAGAGACCGGACUCUCAAAGGAAAAGUGUCCAGUUCAAUCAAACUGCUCCACCACAAUUUUUCCAGAAUCAACCUACUCCAAAAGAAGGAAUCAUCUGCUACAUUGCUGCAUUUAGUGAUAGAUCCAUCUAAGGUCACGGUUGAUAUACCAGUAUCCGUUUUUCAAAUAUGCCAACCAUUAUACAGAAAAGUAAUACACUCUUCACAGUAA